UUCUUCGUUCUCCUGCUGCUCAUCUUCCUCCUGGAGGCUCUGUCCAUCAUCCUCUUCUUCGCCUACAAGGAUGAGAUAGACCGCUAUGCCCAGGCUGACCUGAAGAGGGGGCUGCAGUUCUUUGGCACCGAGGGGAACAUUGGCCUGACAAACGCCUGGAGCAUCGUCCAGACAGACUUCCGGUGCUGUGGCGUGUCCAAUCACACAGACUGGUUCUCCGUGUAUAAUGACACGCGUGUGCCAGACUCCUGCUGCCUGGAGUACAGUGAGAACUGCGGACUGGAGCGUCCAGACACAUGGUGGACAGCGCCCUGUUACAAGCAGGUGAAGAGCUGGAUGCAGCACAACCUGCUGUCUCUGUGGGUCUCCGCCCUGUGUACGGGGGUCACUCAGGUGAGAAGGACACUGCCAGGCUGUCUGUGGGGCUCCGCCCCGUGUACGGGGGUCACUCAGGUGAGCAGGACACUGCCAGGCCAUCUGUGGGGCUCCGCCCUGUGUACAGGGGUCACUCAGGUGAGCAGGACACUGCCAGGCCGUCUGUGGGUCUUCCCUACUCCUCCCUUUCUGACAGGUUCAGGCCCUCCCAGGACUCCUCCACUGCUGUUAUAAAAGCCAACCAUAUAACAGAAAGAGGUGCUUUUAUAUUUAUUCCACAACACUGGAUUAUCCGCAACGUCAGGUCCAACAAUGAAAACAAAUACCCAGAACCGCGAAAAACAAACACUGAGCCCACAGUGCCACCUGCUGGCCACUCUUCCUCAGAACUGGCUGCCUGGAGCUGGAGUCUGUGCUGAAACCUGCCACACAUAAGCCACUUCACCUGCAGGUACACAAGUCAUCUGCACAUCGGCUGCAAAGGAACAAGUA